UUCUCUGUUCGGGGAAAGUAAAACACAUUAAAACAUUAAUUGAAUCAGGCAGGCUGCCAAGACAAAGAAUACUUGAUGAGAUGUGUCAGAUUUUUGGGAGGAAAUCCAAAGCGAUUAUCGUCACAUGCAAGGCAAUUUGUGAAUAUAUCAAAUCAAAACAUGUCGCUAUUGCAUAUGUUUGGGCUGCGUAUACAAUUGAAAACCCGCAAAGAAUAACUUUUGUAAUAACUGUGAAGCACAAAUCAGAAGGUAACAAAAGUAAAGAGUCUGUACGUUUAGAGAAAUUGAUCCAAUAUUCAUUUGUCAAACAAUACGCUGACGAUUUUAGCUUAGAAGGCUCUGAGGUAAUUAAGCAACAGGCUUCACGUGCUGCGAAAUUAAAUGAAGAAUCCUAUGAAAAUCUUCAGACCUGCAUUUCAAAACACUCUGAAGAUUUGAUGAAGAAGCACAAGUAUCUGUCGAUUAUAUCUGCAUGUCCAAAUAGAUCAAGAGGAUUUGGCGCUUCCUGGAAUUUGCUGCCUGAAAAUUGUAUUGUCCUUUACGUCCAGAAAAAGAAUUACAUUCCAAUUGAUGAAGAACCAUUUAAAACAAAUUAUGACAGUAUUCCAGUUGAUGUUAGAGAAGGUGCCUUUAUUCCAUUCGGACGUACUGCCAAAGACCUGCUUGAUCCUGUUAAAAUGGGAAGUCAAAUAGGUGGAGAUAUUCUUGAAGGAACUCUUGGGUUUUUCAUAGAUCAUCCUCAAUUUGGAAUCUGUGGACUGACAUGUGCACAUGUUCUUUUAACACGUUGGGAGAUGACUCAACUGAAAAUAAAUCAUAGCGGUACGUUGAAAUGGCCAUUACAUAGAAUGUGCAAAAAUGUAUAUCAGCCUGCUGACAAACGAUCUGUAUUAGGACACACUGUUCAAGUUAUUUACAAAAAAGGUUCAGACGAAAAUUAUGGAAUGGAUGUAGCUUUGUUCAAAAUCACGGACAGGCAUCCCAAAUCUCCAAGUUUUCCCGAUGAGACAGGAUCAAAUGUUGCUACAAGUAUUAAAUACGACAGUUGGCGGAUGUGUAGCAUCGACAGACUGAAUAAGAAGGAGGAUAAUCAUGUCAUAAAAUUUGGAUCAAAAACCGAAUUACGUCAUGGAAUAAUAAAAUUUGAUACUACCUCAGUAAAAUCGUUGGAUGCAUCCCCACUUGUUCAUGGAUAUGCCCCGAUACAACUGUUUAAGCAAAUUGAAGUUAAAGCUCGUGAAAAUGGCAUUCCUUUUGCUGAAAAUGGCGAUUCAGGUGCGCCUGUGUUCGUUGUUGAGAAAAAUUCACAAAAUAAAUGUAUAGGGAUUGUAGAGGGAGGUACAUCAUACGGGACAGUAGUCGUCACACCUAUCGUCCCUAUUUUAGCAGAGCUUGAUGUACCUUGCUUAAAAAGUUUUGACACUGAAAGAGAAUUUUCAAAUUUCCAAAAUAAAAUAGAAAAUUUAGAAACACGUGUACAAACAUUUGGUAGUGACAUUCACAGCAUAACCAAUAAUAUGCAAACCGUUAACCAUGAAAUUCAGAAUAUUAAUAGAAGUUUGCAGGCUGUUGAUUUACCAAACAUGAGCGGCGAUAUUCAGAUGAUGAAACAACUUCUGUUGAAUCUUACUCAAAAAUUUAACUCAUCAUCGGCAAACUCGCAAAAUGAUCAACAUGGUCAAAAUUGAAUUAUAAGGAUAAUGAAAAAAAAAAACAAUAAAAAACAAAGCAUCGUUAAGGAGAUGAAAGCAUAAGUGUUUAAAAAUCGAUUUAAGAAUCGUAUUUGUCAAAGAUAAAGUUGGAAAAUGCUUAAUAGGUUCAAAGUUUGCUUAAAGAAAUCGCAAUCACUUAGAUUUCGUUUCUCGUCAUUUCCGAGAUCUUUAUUUUGAUAAGGAUUAUGAGACAUUCUAAAUUGGAAUUGACUUUCUAAAACAUUUGUGUUUUCCUUAAGAUUGUUUCACAUUAAAUUGUUGUCUCAGUGAAAACAAGCUAUUUAU